CCAUUUUCUCUCCUUCCUUCUCGUUCUCUCAACGUCCGUCUCCCUCUCGCAGUUCCUCUAGACGCCGCACUGCGCAGGCGCGAGACCCGCAACCUCGGGCGCUACCAUCGGGCCCCCGCCACGGGGGUGGGGAAAGGCGGAAUGACCCACCGCUUCUCGUCCUUCGCGCCCGCCUCUCUAGUCCUAAUGCUCUGUAAAGAGCCCCGGAUGUGAUGAGCAGACCAAAAUAACACCGCAGUGGCGGGCGCGGUGGGUGAGCGGAUCUCGGUGACGAGUCGGAGCGAUUCUUUGGUCGACGCCGGGUCGUUCGGGGAAUGGUUACGCCCGCAGGUUCUAGGGACCGUCUCUGAAGAGACUACAUUGGAGGGAAACGGAGGCCGGCGGGAACACUAGGGGGAAGGGACCCGGGCCUUGAACAACUGCUGACUAAUCGGCGGGCGGCAGAGGAGGGGGUGGCGUGCCGACCGGUCGGCCGGGGUCACGCGCCGGAGGGCGAGCAGAAUGGGCUCGGGCCUCGGCGGGAAGCUAGAGUACCGCCUGCCAGCCGAGGGCCCCACUCGGCCUUCGGGGGGCGGGGGGCGCGCUCCGCAAAGGGGAAACUGAGGCCCAAGGAAUUUGGUUACAUCUCCUAAAGUCACAAAGCUGAGUCUCACCCACACCCGGGACUCCCCCCCACCCCCAACUGUCCAUGACCCGGAAGAAUCAUCCCCGUCCCUAUCUUUCCAUUCUGUCCUUCCGGUUUCCCGGAGAGCACACAGUCCCACGGCCACCUUUGAGCACCUUCAGCCAAGUUAUGCAUGCCAGAGGUCCCCCUGGCCUCCCGACCCCAGCGCUGCCUCUCGCUUCCUCUGUCCUGAUGCUGCUAAUGAGCACCCUGUGGCUGUUGGGGGCUGGCCCCAGCCUCGUCCUGGCCCCAGAGCUGCUGCUGGACCCUAGGCAGGCGCACCGGCUGCUCACACAUGCCCUGGGCCACACGGCCCUCCCCGGCCUGCUGCUCAGCCUGCUGCUCCUGCCCACGCUGGGCUGGCAGCAGGAGCGCCACCUGGGCACACUGCGGUUCCUGCAUGCCUCCAGCCUGCUCGCGCUGGCCUCCGGGCUGCUGGCUGUGCUGCUGGCAGGCCUCGGGCUGUCCGGUGCAGCCGGGGGCUGCGGGUACAUGCCUGUCCACCUGGCCAUGCUAGCAGGACAGGGUUCUCGCCCUCGACGGCCCCGGGGGGCCCUGCCACCGUGGCUCCUGCCGUGGCUGCUGCUUGCCCUGACACCACUGCUCAGCUCCGAGCCACCCUUCCUGCAGCUCUUCUGCGGCCUCCUCGCCGGCCUGGCCUACGCGGCCGGGGCCUUCUGGUGGCUGGAGCUCUCGGAGUGGCGGCUGCAGGCGCUGCAGGAGGGUGUCCUAUGCAGGGCCCUGGCGGGGUGCUGGCCUCUCCGGCUCCUCCCCGCCCCAGGUGGCCCAGCUGAGCUGCCUGUCGCCCAUCCCGCCGGAGCGAGGCCCCCCACCCCUGGACCUUCCCACAUGGCCUCCCCUAGCCUCUGGCCCCUCAGUGAAGGCUCAGCCCCGAUCCCGCCGGGCCUGAGGCCUGUGCAGCCGCUCUGGGAGGGCUCCUCAGAGGCUGGACUGGCCUGGUCUGGGCCCGGCUUCCCCCCAGGGACCCCACUGUGGGCAGCCCUGGACCAGCAGAUGCUACAGGAGGGGAUCGAGGCCUCGCUGCUUGAGGGCCCAGCCCAGGGCCCUGACAGCCCACUCUGGCUGCCUAAGUCCUCCGUCUCCUCUCUGCGGCUGCAGCAGCUGGAGCGCAUGGGCUUCCCCACGGAACAGGCGGUGGUGGCCCUGGCGGCCACAGGCCGAGUGGAGGGGGCUGUUGCACUGCUGGUCGGCGGGGAGGUGGGCACCGAGGCGCUGGUGACUCAGGGGAGGAGAGGGCCCGCCCACCCUGAGGGUCCUGGGCCCCCGUAGCACAGGCAGGCCCUCGGGUGAGAAGAGCCCUAGCCCUGUCUGCUGAGAGUCAGGAGGGGGUCUGGGGUGGCCCCCCAGCACCCUGCCCCGGUACUGUUCAGAAUAAAACCCAGUUCACUUUUCAGCCUGGA